GAAGGUCGGAGAGACAAGAGAUUCCGCGAGAGAGCUGAAUGGUUCAGAUUUUCAGGAAGUCCGCGCAGAAAGCUUUCAACGAUCGGGAGCUGCGGGGCGUCAAUCAGUUUGAUCGUGGAUCGUCGAGCGGUGCAGACGUGUUUUGAACUUUUCUCUUGCGCUAUUCAGUUGUGCGAAAACUUGUGCUUUUUUGUGCCGAAGAAAUCGUGUGAAGCUGCAAUCGAAAGGGGUGCGAAAAACAGUGAGUUUGGAAGAUCAAGUAUGAUAUCGUGACGGUUGUCUAUUGAUCAGCUGGAAGUAAAAAGAAAGUGACACAUCACAAAUCUGGGCAUCUACGUGAAAUUUUGGUGAUGAAGAUUUUUAUUAAGUGUUUCCGUAAUAAAUUCUAUUCGGGCGUAGAUCUCUGAGUUUGUGUUGCGCAGAAAACUGUUAGCGUUCUUGGGGAGACGAAAGGGGGUGGAAGUGAAAAAAGCUCAUCUCCAGCUUAAAAAAUGAAGCGAAUGAGUCGGAAUAGAUUUACCCAGAUGGUGUUCGGUGCAGUGCUACUGGUGCCGGUCAUUCUGGCCUCGACCGUCGAUGGGAAACUGGCUGCACGGGGCAAGUACGAAAUGAUGGCCACUCCAAACAAAAAUACCGACGAGCGAAGUAUCGUGGAUAAUCCCCUUCGGAUGUUCGGCUCCAAUAGGGCACCGGCACAUGAUACGCCCGCCAGUGCCUGCAGCUGUCGUUGCGGAGAGCGGAACGAUGCCUCACGGAUAGUCGGUGGUCAACCGACGGGGAUCAACGAGUUCCCUUGGAUGGCCCGGUUGAGUUACUUCAACCGGUUCUACUGUGGCGGUAUGCUGAUCAACGAUCGCUACGUACUAACGGCUGCUCAUUGCGUGAAAGGCUUUAUGUGGUUCCUAAUCAAGGUCACUUUCGGCGAGCACAACCGUUGUGACGACACGGUGCGCCCGGAAACCCGAUUUGUGCUGCGGGCCAUCGCACAAAAAUUCAGCUUUCUUAACUUCGACAACGAUAUCGCCCUGCUGCGGCUGAACGAUCGUGUCCCGAUAACCGACUUCAUCCGACCGAUUUGCUUGCCCACGGAUCCAUCGCAAUCCUACGUCGGAAUGAACGGGACCGUCACGGGCUGGGGAACGCUCAAGGAGGAUGGUAAACCGUCGUGCAUUCUGCAGGAGGCCGAUGUGCCGGUCAUCUCCAACGAGGUGUGCAGCAGAGAAACGAACUACACCCAGUCGAUGAUCACCGACAACAUGAUGUGCGCCGGUUAUCUCGGCGUCGGUGGUCGCGACUCCUGCCAGGGCGAUUCCGGGGGUCCGUUGAUAGUGGCACGUCCGGAUAAAAGGUACGAACUGAUCGGAGUGGUUUCGUGGGGCAACGGCUGUGCACGACCGUUCUAUCCGGGAGUUUACACCAGGGUGACGAUGUACCUGGACUGGAUCAAGGAAAAUUCUAAAGACGGAUGUUUUUGUAACGAAUGAGCGGAUCAGUGGAAGUGAAAAUAAAAAAAAAACGAUUCUGAGGUGACAGGAAAUCCGAAAAGGGGGGACUGGUAGUGUUCGUUUGCUUGCCGAAAAAGAUAUUCUAGAUAGGUGUCAUCGACUCGAACAAAAUAACUGCACUAGGCAAACAUAAAGUUAAACAAAAUUAGUUGAGCUGUGGCUUUGUGAAAUUUGCAUUUUCAACGCAACCAUGGAGACCUAGUCUCAACCGAAACGAACCACUUUUCCCGGAACCGCUCGAAGACUUACUUAGGUAUAGCGUGUAACCGAUAUGCGUACUAUAAUUACGACUUAGAGAAACGAAACAAAUGGAAAACGAUGUAAGAAAUACAAAAAGACUAGAGAGAGAGAGAGAGAGAAGCAGUACUAACUUUAAGCUAUAAGUAACCGAAUUAAUUUAUAGAACCAAUGUGUACGAAUAAAGUAAAA